UGAAGCGGUUGUAUCUUGGUGGUGCCCCAAGCAGCCGAAACGAACCGCCAACAGAACCUCCUCAGUUGGCCAAAACCAUUCUUUUGCCUUUUACCUCUCCAGCGGAACAGCGGAUUACCUUUGCCCUUAAAAAACAGAAAUAAAAAACUGUCAAGUGAACAUCCAAAAAUAUAACGAGUUGAACAAACCCAUAAAGUGCGCGAAAUGUUGAGCUACGUGUAAAAGCGAUUUAAAGGAUCCUAUAACUCUGUGAGAUACAAAUCAAAGAUACAAAUCGGGAUAGAAAGUGGCUAGUGAUCCCAUUGAAUUCUGAGAGUUCUAAACGACGACCAAUCGUUCUGUUACUUGAGUGAAAAAGCCACAACCACAAGAUGACAAGAAGACGUUCGAGUCCGCCGGGACUCGAGGAGCUAACAUAUCUGGCGCUCGUCCUGCUGGCCAUGGCCCUGAUACCCACACAAGCCGCCCCAGUGCAGGAGUACACGGAGAUCCAACAGUAUUCGGAGGGCUGCUACUACAACUAUGCGCACUACCAAGAGGGCGACCGCAUCAUGACCAAUGAGCCGUGUCUGAACUGCACCUGCCACAACCGCAUGCUGAUGUGCUACCUGCGCGUCUGCCCCUUCACCAAGCCCAUUGGCCACGACUGCAUCGUGGAGAAGCGGGAGGACCAGUGCUGUCCCAUCAUCACCUGCCCAGAAGUGCCCGUGGACGUGCCCUACCAUUCCCCCGAACCCGGAACCGAGCUGAGCAUCCCCGAGAAGUUCGGCUGCAGCAUCGAGGAGAAGUUCUACCCGGAGGGCGCCCAGGUGCCAUCAAACCCCAACAAACCCUGCGAGCUGUGCUACUGCAUCAACAACCAGACCAAGUGCGUCAUGCAGGAGUGCACUCUGCACGUGGACGGCUGCCUGCCCAUCUACAACAAGGGAUCGUGUUGCCCAGUGCGCUACAGUUGCGACCAUGAGAACGAACUGGACUUUGUAGACCAGUCGACCACCACGACCACCACCACAGUGCGCCCCACCACCGGAUUCAUCCUGGAGAGCACCAUGACACCACCAACCACCACCGACUGCAUCCACGAUGGCGAAGUGUACGCCGAUGGAGCCUCGUUGAAGGGCAAGAACGCCUGCGAGCACUGCUACUGCAUGCGUGGAGACAUCGUUUGCGCCGUCCAGGAGUGCGAGGUGCCCAUGAUGGCCGCCAAUGGAAAGUCCUGCCGUGCCAUGCCAGCUGCCGAGGGCGAGUGCUGCCCGAGCAACUACGUCUGCGAGGACGACAGUGCCACCACUGAAAUUGUUGAGGUCACCACGGCGGAGAGUGUUACUUCGGUGCCAGCCAAGGGCAUUCAUGCUGAGAUCCCCAAGGAGGAUGUGGACCUGCAGGAGCACAUCGAUGACGAGGAGAAGGAACAGGAUAAGGAUAAGGAGAGCGCUACCGAUAUUCCCUCCGUGGAACUGGGAAGCGGCGAUGUUGAGGACGAAGAGGAGGAGGAGAAGGUUAAGGCCACCACGGUUGCUCCAGUCCAAGUCACGGACGAGAAGGACUUCUCCUUCGAGCCGGAAUCCUCUACUGCUGGCAUUGCCUCCGAUUCCAGGAUCGAUGUGCCAUCCUCCACCGAGGAGUCCAAGGAAUCGUCCACCGAAGCCGCCGAUGAGGAGAUUGUCAAGAUUGUCACCACUCCGGAGCCCGAGGGUAGUGGCGAAGAGGAUGUGGCCAAGCCUGCCCAGAUUCCCGAGAAGGAAGUCACUGAGGAGGAACUUAUUAAGGUCAGCACUGCCGCUCCAGCCAAGGCCAGUCCGGAACUGGAAGUGGUCAAGGCCACCACCUCGGCGCCAAGCGAAGAAGAGGAAGUUAAGCCCACGCCAGCCGGCGAAACCAGUGAAGAGCCUACGGAGGAAGGAAGCGGGGACGAGGAGAAGGAUGUUAAGGUCACAGCAGCUCCAGAGGAGUCUCAAGAGGAAUCCAAGCCCACUUCCGCUCCAGUGGCCAGCGACGAAAAAGAAGAGGAACUCAAGCCUACUGAGGGAAGCGGUGAGGAAGACCAGGCAAUCAAACCCACUGCCGCUCCAGUGGAAAGCGUUGAGGAGGACAAGGAAGUCCAACCCACUUCGGCUCCCACGACAAGCGACAAAACUGAACAGGAAGCAACUCCGGCUCCCGAGGAAAGUGAGGAACAAGAGGCUGGCAAGCCCACUCCAGUUCCAUCAGAAAUCGAUGAAGUGGAGCCAGCCAAGCCUACAGAAUCGGCAGAGGAAGCCAGCAGCGAGGGAGAAGAGGAGAUCGUCAAGGGAACCACUCCUGCUGGAGAAUCCAGCAGUGAAGUCGAAGAGGAGAUCGUCAAGGGAACCACUCCUGCUGGAGAAGCCAGCAGUGAGGGUGAAGAGGAGAUCGUCAAGGGUACCACUCCUGCUGGAGAAGCCAGCAGUGAGGCUGAAGAGGACAUCGUUAAGGACACCACUCCUGCCGGAGAAUCCAGCAGUGAGGGUGAAGAGGAGAUCAUCAAGGGAACCACUCCUGCCGGAGAAGCCAGUAGCGAAGCCGAAGAGGAGAUCGUCAAAAGUACCACUCCUGCCGGAGAAUCUAGCAGUGAGGCUGAAGAGGACAUCGUUAAGGGCACCACUCCUGCCGGAGAAACCAGCAGCGAAGCCGAAAAGGAGAUUUCCAAGGAAACCACUCCAGCCGGAGAGUCUAGCAGCGAAGCCGAAGAGGAGAUCGUCAAAGGAACAACUCCUGCCGGAGAAGCCAGCAGCGAAGACGAGGAGGAGAUCGUUAAGGGCACCACUCCUGCCGGAGCAACAAGCAGUGAGGAUGAAGAAGAGAUCAUCAAGGGAACCACACCUGCCGAAGAAGUCAGCGAAGAGGAAGUCGUCAAGGCUACCACUCCAGCUACUAAGACCGACGGCGACAGCGAGAAGGAACCAGAUUCUGCCACGGAUGCUCCAGCGGAAGAAGUCGAGGACUUGGCUAAGCCCACAACGCCAGUCGCUGAAACUGAGGAAGAAGCCAUUUCCGCCACACCCAUUCCAACUGAAGAUGUCAGUGCUGAAGAGGAGAUUGUUAAGGCCACUACACCCAAGUCCUUGGGAGAGCAGCCUGAAAUUGCCCAGCAGUCUACCGAGUUGCCAGAGGAAGAGGGAGAUCUUCCCAGCUCUACCAGUGUCCCAUCAAUUGCCUCCUCUACCGAAGGUGUCCAGGAUGCUUCGGCUGAAACGACCAGCAGUGCACCUGCACGAGCUGGCGACAAGGAGGAAGCCGGAGUCCCUGCCGACAAAGAUGACAAAGAGUCCGGAGAAGUCGAAGAGGAUGCCACAGAUCUGCCAGUCGAUGAUGCUGUCAAGAGCACAACUGCUAAGCCCACAGCCACCGAGCAGACCGAAGAGGAGUCCUCAACGGAAGCUGAGGCCGCUGAAGUCGAGUCAUCAACUAGUGCUCCCGUCGACAAGCAGGAAGUGCCAACAGCUGAGCCUGCAGACAAGGAUCACAAGGAGGAGGAUGUUAAGGAGACAAGCACUGAGCUUCCAACUAAAUCUGAUAUUGUUCCUCCGGUUGAACAAGCCGAAGCAACUACCAGUCAGCCCGAGACCAGUGAUGAAUCCGCCACAGAUAAGCCCACCGCCGUUUACUUGCCGCCUGCCGGAGAAAAGGAUUCUACUGAGGAUGAGGUACCUGCAACGGAAUCCUCUGUCCAAGAGGAGCCAUCCAAGCCAGUGGAGACCAGUCCAGUGCCCCAGGAUGUCCCAUCCAGCACUGCCGCAGUUGACAACCGUAACGACUUCGAAGCGGAGAAGACUACCCAAGCCCCUAGUGGCGAGGAGCCCCUGCCCGCCAUGGAUCUGCCCGCCGUCAUUCCCGGCGAAGGUGACUGCCUGGUGGAGGGCAAGACCUAUGCCAACAACACCAUUGUGCCCGCCACCGCCCCCUGCGACGUCUCCUGCAGAUGUGUCAGCAGCCUCGUGGCCUGCCAACAGAUGGAGUGCAAGUUGCCCGAGAACCUGGAGAAAUGUACCGUGGCUGCCGAUCUUUUGGAUGGUUGCUGUCCCACUUACAACUGCGAUGAGAGCCCAGAAAGCGCUGAAAAGGAGCAGGACUCUACUGCCAAGCCUGACGACAAGAUCGACGAGGAUGUCUCCGAGAUCAGCACCGAGGAAAUUCCCGAGGACGUUAUCAUACCUACUGGCACUACUGAACAGCCUCUUUCUCAUGUCAAACCCGAUGAAGAGAUCCAGCCAGUGACCUCAGUUCCUGUCCAAGUUGAUGAAUCUUCGCCUGCUAAGGCUGAUAAGAAACCAAUUGAGGAAUCCGAGGAGGAUAAGAAACCAGUUGAUGAAUCCGAAGAGGAUAAGAAACCAAUUGAGGAAUCCGAGGAGGAUAAAAAACCAAUUGAAGAAUCCGAGGAGGACAAGAAGCCAGUUGAUGAAUCCGAAGAGGAUAAGAAACCAGUUGAGGAGCCCAAGCCCGAGGACGAAAAGAAGACCGAUGAUGAUUUCGUUACAGCCACUAAGCAGCCAGAGACUUCAACUCCCUCCCAGUUUGCCGACGAUGAAGAGAAGGAGACUGAAGACAAACUGGCCACCACAUCUGCUCCCACUUCAGUUGAAGAAGUACCCAAGCCGGUCGAUGAAAAGACACCUUCAGAAGAGAAGAAACCUGCUGAGGCAGAGCCAAUCCCUGAUGAUGAAAUCCUUGCCACCACUGCUCAACCCGAGAAGGAGUCUCCAGAGUCCUCGACUGAAGUGCCAACUGCUGAUAUCGGCAAGGAACCAGAGGCGGAGGAACCAGCUCCAGCCACCCAGGCUCCAGAGUCUGAUAAGAUUCCCGAGGUUUCGACCCGUGCUCCAGCUGGAGAUGAGAUUGAACAAUCUGAGGAAAUCACCACUGUUUCUCCAUCAAAGGCUUCUGCUUCUGACGAAAAGGAAACUGCUGGGGAUGAGGAUAUCGUUCCUGCUACAUCUGUACCCAUUGAAAGCGAAAUUGAAAUUAGUACCGCGAAGCCAGUCGAGCAGGGACCACCACUACCAACUCUGGCCCCAGAAAAGAAACCACUCGAGGAGGACUCCUCUACUGAAACUGAUAUCAGCACUGAAGCAAGCAUUGGAGGUGAAAAGGAAACCGCUGAUGAGACAUCGGAGGCCGACAAUGAAAUUGAGGGUGAUGCUACUCCUGCUCCUCCUUCUGCAUCUGCUGAUGACGAGAAGACCCCAAGCACUGAUAAGACUAUCGAGGACGUUGAGGAGGAGGCCAAUCUGCCCAAGCUACCCCAGGAUAUCUUUGAAGAGGAACUUCCAGCCGCAAUCACUACCCCUGCUCCAACGAUGGACGAGGAUGAGAAGAAACCAGUCCAGGAAGGAGAGAAACCAGUCGAAGGUGAACCGAAACCAGUCGAAGGUGAACCGAAACCAGUCCAAGAAGAGGAGAAGCCAGUUGAAGAUGGACAAAAGCCAAUUGAAGACGAUAGCACUACAGCUACUCCAGCUGAAAAUGAGAUCGAGCCUGAAUCUGAUCGUGCAACCACUGCUGCUCCUGCUAAGGAAGAGUCUGUCGAACCAUUCACUGGAGCUCCUGCCUCUGAUGAGAGCGAGGAAACCCCCGAAUCUGAUGUGCCCACAACUGUGGCUCCCGCUGGUGAGAAGAUUCCUACGGGCAGUAUCACUCCCGAUGAGGAAUCCCCUGCCACUUCUGCUCCUAUUGCCCAUCCGGACGAAGAUGUGGAAAAGGAAACCGGCAUCGAAACCUCUACAGGCCUCCUUGGCUCUUCUGAGGAACAGGAUAAGGAAACAUCCACGGAUGAGGCUCCUUCCCAGGUGGCCGAAGAGAAACCCGAAGCUCCUGCCCAGACUCCGCAGGAGGAAACCACAGUUACAGCCCCAACGGCCGCCGAUGAGGUGCCAAUCCAGAAGCUGCCCGAAGAGGUCCUUGCAGAGAUUCCGCAAUCCUCUACUGAAACUGACAUUGAAAAGGAAACCAGUGCUGCUCCAAGCAUUGGCGAGAAGGAACAAGCUGUCACCUCAAUCCCAUCGCUUGCAAUCGAUCAGGAAGCCACCACAGUUGCGCCUACUUCUGAGAAGGACGAAGGACCAACUGAAGAAGACAAGCCAGUGGAGUCAUCUGAGGAAGAGGAGAAGCCCACGGAACAGGAGACAUCAACUGAGACACCAGCCAAGUUUGCCACACCAGAAGAUAAGCUUGCUGUAUCUACUGAUGCUCCCGAGAAAGAAUCAGAAUCAUCUGAAGAAGUUGCUUCAUCAACUGAUGCAACUGCAGAUGAGCAGCCCUCGAGCACGGCCCAGGCACCAGUUGAGAAGAUUCCCGAUAUCUCCACCGAACUGCCUGUUGAAAAGAUUCCCGAUAUCUCCACAGAACUGCCUGUUGAAAAGAUUCCCGAAAUCUCUACCGAAUUGCCUGUUAAAGAGAUUCCCGAAAUCUCCACCGAGCUUCCAGCUGAACAUGCCGACAAGGACGCAACCAUUGCUCCUGUUGCCGCCGAUGAAGUUACCUCUGCCCCGUCUGAAGAAAAGAUUCCCUCUGAUUCUAGCGAAGAAGACAAGAUUCCAGAGGUCACUACUGACUCUCCCCAGGCUGCAGAUGAUGACACCAAGAAAUCGUCGGAAGUGGCACCAUCUUCCACUGAGAAAGUACCAGAUACUACUGAUAAGCUGCCCGUGGAUGAAAAGGAGGCUGAAGAUAAACCUGAAUCUGAAACCCAAGUUCCUGAUCUGUCUGAGGAAGUGGCAACGUCGUCUACUUCAGCUCCAGUUGCUGGCGGAGAUAUCGAAAAGGAGGAGGAUGCCACUCCUGCCCAGGAGGAGGGAGAAGAAAUCAAGCCAACUAUCGCCCCUGCUGCCGAAAGUUCGAAACCUUCCGAAAAGGAACCCGCCUUGGAUGAACAAGAAGUGGAGUCCACAACUAAGCCCAGCACUGAAGAGUCUGACGAGCAACCCAUUGAUGAACCUGCGUCCGCAACUUCUGGACCCAUCGAGGAAGCUUCCACAGCCGCUCCUGCCAAGGAGGAAUCCAGCACUCAAUCUCAGGAGAAGGAGGAUAUUGAUAUUACUACCGAUGCUAGCCCAGCUUUGCCUGCUGUUCAAGAAGAUGACACCAAGGGUGCCGUCACUGAACAACCAGUGUUUGAUGAUAAGGAAGUGGCUGCUCCCCAGGACGACACCAAAACACCUAUUAUUGUGUCCACCGAUUCUCCCAUUGCCCAAGAGGAUGAGGAACAGAAAACCGAUGCUCCUGUUGCACCCACCACAGUUGCUCCUACUGCAUCGCCUGCUGCCGAUUCUACUGCUGAUUCUAGCACUCCUUCAGUGGAUCUUCCUUCUGCCGAGGAGAUCGACAAGAAGCCCAUGGAAGAAGUCAUGUCUCAGACUAUUGCCCCGCAUGCCGACGAGUCUGCGUCCACAUCCUCUGAGGAUGAAGAGCAGUCUCCCAUUACUGUGUCUCCUCAGGAUGCUGACAAGACUCCAGUUACCACGGCUCCCCAGGAUGCUGAUAAGACUACUGUUUCUGAAAUUGACAAGACUCCCAUCUCAGACGCUUCCCAGGAGGCUGAGGAAACUCCAGCUACUGGAUCUCCUCAAGAUGCAGAUAAGAUUCCAGUCACAGUGGCUCCUCAGUCCGCUGACGAAAUCCCAGCUUCAGUCUCUUCCCAAGAAACUGAUGAUACCCCAGCCACUGCUUCUCCUCUGGAUGAUGAGAAGAUUCCAGUUACAGCGGCUCCCUUGGAUGGUGAGAAACUUCCUGCUUCAGUUGCUCCCGUUGCUUUUGAUGUGGAGCCAAGCAGCGAGCAGCCUUCUGUAUCUGAGGAUGUUGGUGAAGAGAGCACCGAACCAGCUGUCGAUGAUGCUGAGGAUACCACUGAUGAGCCUAAGGCUGAUGCCAAACUGAAGCCUCCCACUCACGCGCCUGCCGUUCCAUCCGAAUCUCCAGUCACAGAGGCGGAGAUUGUGCCGGAAACUGCGGCUCCAGAGGUGGAGAAGGAGGUUCCAGAGAAGACCACGGAUGAACAAGAUCUGGAGAAGGAUGUGCCAGAAAAGACCACGGAACAGCCAGAACUGGAGAAGGAAGUGCCAGAAAAGUCCACGGAGAAGACGGAACUGGAGAAGGAGGUGCCAGAACUGGAGAAGGAGGUGCCAGAAAAGACCACGGAACAGCCCGAGGCGGCUGACGAGAAGACCACUCAGGAGCCAGUCGUGAAGCCCAGCUUAGAUUCCACCGAGGAGGGUGAGGAGUCCGUUGAGUCUGAGGAGGAGCAUGCUCCAGUUACGGAGGCAGCUGACAAGGAGGACGAGAGCAAGGAGACUGAGGAGGAGGCGGCCGACGCCGGCAAGAAACCAGAGCCGGAGCAGCCCGAGGUGCCCGCCGUAGUGUCGGAGAUUCCCCAGCCAAGUGAAGAGGCCGUCCCGACCACUGUGCACCCACUGUUCUCCCACCUGCCCAGCAGCUCCACUCCAAAGCCAGCCAUCGACGACCGCGUUGGUGAGGAGGAUGAAGAGAACACCACCGAGAAGUUGAGUAGUUCCAGCAGCACCACCAGCACCACCACCUCCAGCACCACCGAGGCUCCUGUGAGCAGUGCUCCGGCGACGACGACGGUGGCCAGCCAGCAGCAGCCCAUCACUCCACCGCCCUACGGCCACGCCUCCGAGUACGAGGACGAGUACGACGAGGAGGAGGUCUUCGGACCCGGAACCUGCCGCUACGCCGGCAAGCUGUACGUGUCCGCCCAGCAGAUUCCACGUGACGAUCCCUGCGACUUCUGCUUCUGCUUCCGAAGCGACAUCAUCUGCCUGCAGCAGUCAUGCCCGCCGCCAAUCGCCGGCUGCCACGAGGAGCCCAUCUCCGGCUUCUGCUGUCCGCGCUACGAGUGCCCCGUGUCCAUGGCCGCCGUGCUGAACAUCACCACGAGCACGACCACCACCAGCACCACCCUGCCGCCCCACUUCCUCCACUACUCGCACGGCGAGGCGGUAAAGCACACCGGCUGCCUGAUCAACGGCCGAUCCUACCGCGUGGGCGAGCAGAUCGAGUCCACGAGCGGUCCCUGCAUCAGCUGCACAUGCGGCGGCGACGGCAAAAUGAAGUGCGAUCCCCAGCAGUGCGUCCCCGAACCCACCAUGCAGCAGGUGAUGGCCGCCGUGGCAUCGGGACGCAAGAGAUGAACCACCAGCCAUGCUCACUAAAUAUAAUUUAACUAAUUCUUAAGCACUGCAGACAACAAUCACGAACCGACGAACCAACCAGCCCAGAUAGCACCACUCGCCAACUAGCAGCAAUAGCAAUAGAGAUCACUAUUUUAGCCAGAAACCAGACACCAGAAACCAGAAACAGAAUCUCGAAACCCGAACAGGAAAUCGAACAGGAACAAAUCGAAAUAGAAUAGGUGCCAGAAGCAAUAGUGAACCAUGACCAGAACCUGAUGCAAUAGUGUUAACUUUGGGUUUGCCGACACAUUCGCACUCUUUCAAUUGGAUUACGACCACUUGUUUCGGAUUAGGUUACGGUGACGAAGCAACCAGUGAUAUUGUACUGUAUACAUAGUAUAGGUGCAAUUAAUUUAGACGCGCUCACUUAAAACGAUUACUUAUUUGUAUGUGUACUAGUAUUUUGGGCUUGUGACCCUAGUGACAGGACAUAUAGCCACCACAGCAGCCGACGUAGCGCGUGCCUUGUAAGGUCGUUCAUUGUGUGCCCGCCGCCAUACAAUCGCUUUCAGGAGACUCUCAAGCACCCCACAUAUUGACAUAUGUAUAGCGAACAUAUUCCGGACCCGGAUCGCAAUCAAUGGCGUUACGAAGCCACGGCAUUCGGCCGCCGGACCGGUUUCUACACUUGCCCCCUCCGGCGGCUCACUCUUCUCCAAUGCGCUUUUAUAGUAUUUUAGUCACCUUAUUUUAAACAUUAUUAUUUUUGUGUAUAAUUGUUGCUUCUAGUCUUCUUUUGUUGCAAGAGCAACGGAAUCCGCCUGUAACACGCGCACAACCCGAUCGAUCGAUCGAUCGAAUCAGAUCAGAUCAGAUCAGAUCGGAUCGGACCAUAUGAAUCAAAUUGAGUUGAGUUGAGUUGAGUUGAGAAACUGUAUCUUCUAUGAACUAUUCCAAGCUUUUAUACUUUUAUAUACAAAAUACGUGUAGAGUCGAGAAACGAACGAACUAGUUUUUAUAGCAAUUUUACAAACGAACGCACAAAUUGCAUAGUUUUAACGGAUUGAAUUUGUACUUCGCCCGCUGCACCUCCAAAUGAGGUGGCCAAACCGUAGUCUACAUAGAAUUUUUAGAUCAACUGAAACUGAAACGGAAACUAAAUACGGAACCGAAAACACACUGUUCGGCCAUGGCUACUGCUCGACUGACUGAAAAUCGCACAGACCGGAGAGAAGUUAACUUUGUAAACUAUUUUUUUAGCCGCCAGCUGCCGCGCUGGCUAUUAUUUUUUAAUAGAACGAAACGCCCGGAUAUUCAAUAUUCAGUCACUUGAGCCUUAGCAAUGCGCCGUAAUCUUGAGGCGUCUCAUCGAUGCCGAAUGAAUACGAACAUCAAUUAGAUUUAUAUAAUCUCUAAAUAUAGUUGUAGCUCUAAGUAUUUAAUUUUAAAAAUAAAUAAAUAAAUUUUAAUUUAGAUCUUAUUUA